AUGAAAUCGGAUCUUGAAAAAUUCUUGUAUCAUUUACGAAUAGAAGCACAAGUCUACGUUAUUGAAAUGGAUCAUGUAUGUUUUCAGCCUGACUCUGACAUCUCCGAUUAUACUUACGAGAGAACAUUGAAAAUGGAAGAAAGAACAAAACUCCUAAAGAGUUUGAAUAAAGCUGACAGAGAAAAAGAUUUGCAGUCACAUAUCGAAGAUGUUGUAAGAGAAAGAAAACUCAGCAAGAUUAAUGAGGAAGAAGUGAUUCUUCCUCUUGAGAAGACCCUCGAAGUUGUGGCAGAAGAGCAAGAUACUGAGGAGAAGAAAACGGCUAAAAUAGAGCAUAAAGGAGUGCGCUUUAGUGAUGAGGAGCUGAAUGAUGUAAGUUUUGCAUGCUCGCAUCUUUCUAACUCAGUUGUGUACUGCACAAUACGCGCUGUAUGCCACGGCAGUGUGCUUAACCAUUCCCAUUAUUUAUUUCCUAGAUAGUA